AUUCUGUAGCUGUGUCCCACUGUGCAGACUGUAUCACCAGUUGUGCGUGCUGUUUCUGUGGAUAUCGGGCAUGAGACACUGCCAUGGUCCUUGGAGCUGCUCUUCCUGGACUUGUGUUUUUAAUGUUGCAGAGGACCUGGGCACAGUAUGGGCCACCACCCCAGCCUUUUAUCUGGGCAGUUCCAGGAGCUGUGGUUCCCAAAGGCAGUGAUGUGACCAUCUUCUGCAGCAUUCCUCCAUCAGUGACCAUUGUCCGUCUAGUCCAUCUUGUACCCCGUACUGUGUGGUAUGAUGGUUCCCCACAGGGAGCCCAGGAGGUGCUUGAGUUCAGUCUGAAGAAUAUAACACACAGAAAUGCUGGGGUUUACUACUGUGACUAUUUUAGGGGAGGUGAAUGGUCACGAAGUAAUGACAUUCUGGAGCUGGUGGUGACAGGCAUUUACAAUGAGAAGCCAUUCCUUACUGCCGAUUCAGGACCUCAGGGAAUCUCAGAGAGAAAAGUGACUCUCCUCUGUCACACGCAUCCUUCCUUUGACAUCUUCAUCCUCUGCAGAGGUGGAAAUGCCUCCUUUCCCCAGAGCUGCUCACGUCAGAACCAGAGCACAUUCCUCAUCUCCCCCGUGAGUCCAGGGCACAAGAGCACCUACAGAUGCUUUGGCUCUCAAAAAUACAGUUCCUACUUGUGGUCACUGCCUAGUGAUCUGCUUGAAUUUUCAAUUCCACGGCCACCACCCCAGCCUUCCAUCUGGGUUGUUCCAGGAGCUGUGGUUUCCACAGGCAGUGAUGUGACCAUCUUCUGCAGGACCCUUCCAGGAGUGACCACUGUGCGUCUAGCCCGUCUUGCACCCAGUACUGUGUGGUAUGAUGGUACCCCACAGGGAGCCCAGGAGGUGUUUGAAUUCAGUCUGAAGAAUAUAACACAGAGUAAUGCUGGGGUUUACUUCUGUGCAUACUUUAAUGGAAGUCAAUGGUCACGAAAUAGUAAGAAUCUGGAUCUGGUGAUAACAGAAUCUUCUACAUCAGAUUGCAGAUUAGAGAAUCACAUUCAGCUCAUCCUGGCUAUCGUCAUCCUGUUAGGUCUCGGGGUUCUACUGCUGGAUGCUUGCAACAACAGAGAGAGCCCAUGA